UUGUUGUGCCAAAUGGCUGAUAGCACCCGCGAAAAAUGAACAGCAAAAUCAGAGUAGAAUAGAAUCAAAACAAAAUCCCAACCGACUGCAGGCCACGAGCCACAGUCGUUCCGACGGUCCCGUCCGUAGCAGCAGUUCAAGUUCAGCGGCCAAACGCGAACGUUAACGUACCAAACCAAAGUGUUCAAAAUAGCUUAGGUCCCGACUUGCGCUUCGACGCGUGGCAAGUUCAAAAGCAUUCUGAUCGUCAGCUGAUUCGGAAGUUCUCGAUUUUCCUCCGCUUGGCGUACAGCCGAAAACUUUCAAUUUCGUUCAAUUCGCGUAACUUCAUUCAAGUUUUAUAAGAGUAAGUCUCUUAUUAUUCCCUCGCCGACGAAACUCACCCGCUUGAAUUCAUUCGUAACCCCGGAUGGCGCCGUUAGUUCGCAGCACUAGCACGAUGUCGCUCGUUCCGGUGCAGUACCGCAGCUGGUGGGAUGACUGGGAUUUACCCCUGUACAACCGGGUCCUGGAAAAAUCCAUCACCCAUGAGGUACUGGCGGAUGAUCCGUUCUUCUGGCGGCACCCACCGCUGCCACCGCUCCGCUGGUCCAGCCUGUGGCGCCCGUGGAAAUAUUUUAGCCUGCGAGACGUCGGCUCCCGGGUGGACUCGGAUCGCGAAAAGUUCACCAUCGAGGUGGACGUCCACCAGUUUGCGCCGCACGAGGUUACCGUUAGAAAAACGGACAAGUACGUUACCAUCGAGGGAAAGCACGAGGAAAAACGUGAUGAACUGGGCUACGUCGCCAGACAGUUCUCACGGCGCUACCUGAUUCCGAUCGGAUACGACGCAAACCUCAUCGUCUCAUCGCUCUCCUCGGACGGAGUGCUCACCGUCACUGCCCCGAGAAUCGGUCUUCCAGCACCGAAGGUGGAGAAAUACGUCCCAAUCUGGCACACCGGAAAACCUGCUAUCGAGGAUAAGAAUUUUGUGAUUGGAUUUUAUUUGCCCUAACUUAUUUCGGCACCUUCGAAACAAGCACGACACUCACCUUCAAGCGCGACAAGCACUAGCGCAACGACGUGAUUGCAGCACGAUAAAAACGCUCUCCUCUAGCAUAGAUAUCAAAAUAGGAAUUUGUUAUCGUUUGGAUUCCGAUGCCACUUUGUGAUACACUUUACGUUAGCAUAGGCUACAUCAUGGCAGCACACUUACACCGAUGAUUCCCAUCUAUCCAGAUUUGUAGUAUAUUCGAAACACGAAGCUGAACGCGAAAAAGAAGCUCCAGUAGGUUUCAAACAGUGCCGUUACUAAUAUAAUUCAACCCGAAAUGUGUUAUCACAGAAUCUCGAUGUUUGGUUGUUGAUUGAGAAUAAAUAAAACAUUAAUCACCUGUUCGAAAA